UUCCAACACCUUUCUUUCUCUUAAGUAAAAACACGGGUCAUGCAGUUUCGUUUUUAUUUUCCUUCACUCACCUUCUCUAUGUGUGAAAAGCUUCUUAUGUUCAUCUGGGUGUUGAAUUUUUUCAUCAAAAACGUUUUUUUUUUGUUUUUUUUUUUUUUAUGUUGUUUAUUUUGCUUCUUGUGAGGAACUGCUUCGUCUUUAAUGGGUGCGCUUUAAUUUUACGCAAGGAUUAUCAAUACUCUGUUUGGAGAAUGGAGAUCCUGGUUUAGUUCAGUACAUGUAAAAGAACAUAUAGUAAAACCAAGAGGAAAAAAUGGCCUUAGAUCACAUGGAGGAGAUUGUGCCCCAAAAGGAAAAUUUGAAAUCUUCCAGCGAUAUCAUUGCAGAGCCUGAUAGAAAUGCCUCUGGUGGCUUUGACUGCAACAUCUGCCUGGAGUGUGUGCAAGAUCCAGUGGUCACACUUUGUGGUCAUCUAUAUUGUUGGCCCUGCAUAUACAAAUGGCUUCAUUUUCAAAGUACCUCUUUGGAAAAUGAAGAGCAACAGAAGCCACUAUGUCCUGUAUGCAAAUCAGAAGUUACUCAAUCCUCCCUUGUUCCAUUAUAUGGCCGUGGCCAAACCACAGUACCUUCUGAAGGGAAGCCACAUCAAGUAGGGACUGUCAUACCCCAAAGACCUCAUGGUCCCAGAUCAUUUAACACUGAAAGGGUUUACCAACCUAUUUCUCAAAGUUAUCAUCCCUAUAAUCCUUAUCAUUCUCCACAAUUCAACUCAAUUCCAAGCGGUUAUACUUAUACCUCACCAAUGCUUAGCACAGGUGGUUCACUAGACAACACAUUUGGAAUCUUUGGUGAGAUGAUAUAUGCUAGAGUCUUUGGAAACCAGGUGGCAAACAUACAUACAUAUGCUAAUUCAUAUAAUCUUUCAGGGAUCAGUAACCCAAGGAUGAGAAGACAUUUAAUGCAAGUUGAUAAAUCACUCAACAGAAUAAGUUUUUUCCUCCUUUGCUGCCUAGUUUUGUGUCUUCUAUUGUUUUGAUUUCUAUUUCAUUUUCAUCUUUAGUUACAGUACAUCCUUGUAUAGAAUACAUUCACUCAUUCAUCCCGAUGUAUUCUAUGUUAGAAAAGUUGCAAAAUAACGCUAUGUGUAAUUACCAAUUGCUCUCGGAGCUAUAUGAAAAGAGUGAUGUUAUUCUUAUGAUCAUCACAUCAAUUGAUUUAUCCUACGUUGAUUUCUCUUCU